GUGGAGCAGAGACGCCUGCUUCAGCCGCCCCUCCUGGCUUUCAACAGGCCCACAGCAGCAACACAAAGUGUCCGGGGGCCACCACAGACAGAGAGCCAACCUCUCAGGACUGGAACUGGCACACCUGAGGACCUGAGGAGGAGCACACAGGCGCUCGCCUGCGGUGCGACAUUCUAUUUAAAGCAUACAGUGCCACAUGGAGGAAACUGGAUGUUAUCUUUACAACUGCGAUAUAAGCAAAAAAAAAAAAGGUUUUUUUUUUUUUUUUUUUAAACUGUAAGGGAGUGGCAGCCUAAGGUGGAUUUUACUUGCAGGUUGUUUCUCAUUGGAACCACACUGAUAAAGAUAUUAUCUCUGCUGUGAUUCAUGAAGGUGAAAGAAGACAGAAAAUACAAGAAGAAAAGUGAGGCUGUUAUCAAAUCCUUGCAGUGAUCACCCAGCUGGCUCGACUUGCCAUUCAUGUCACACAAAGGGUCAAGGAAAAACAUCUCUACAUCUACCUUAUCUGACCACACCUCCUCGGCUCACCCUCUCCCCCUGCAAAGAUGGACAAUACCUCCCCGCAGAACUGCACCCGGAACGAUGACUUCAAGUACACGCUGUACAGCACCGUUUUCAGCCUGGUGUUCGUGGUGGGGCUGCUUACCAACAUGGCGGCCAUGUACAUCUUCUUCUGCUCACUGAAGCUGCGCAACGAAACCACCACCUACAUGAUGAACCUGACGGUGUCCGACCUGCUCUUCGUCCUCACGCUGCCCUUCAGAAUAUUCUACUUCAUCAACAGGGAGUGGCCCUUCGGCAGCACGCUCUGCAAGCUGUCUGUCUCACUCUUCUACACCAACAUGUACGGCAGCAUCCUCUUCCUCACCUGCAUCAACGUGGACCGCUUCCUGGCCAUCGUGCACCCGCUCCGCUCACGGGCGCUGCGCACCAAGCGCAACGCUAAGCUGGCGUGCUGCGGCGUCUGGGUGCUGGUGCUGGCAGGAAGCCUGCCCACGGGCUUCCUGCUGGACACCACGGCGAACGAGACUAACAACUCCCGCAAAUACUGCUUCGAGAACUUCUCCACCAAGCAGUGGAAGUCCGACCUCUCCAAAGCGGUGGUGUUCAUCGAGACGGUGGGCUUCGUCAUCCCGCUGCUGCUCAACGUGGCCUGCUCCACCAUGGUCCUCCGGACUCUGCGACGGCCCCAGACCCUGAACCGGGGCGGGCAGCUGAACAAGGCCAAGAUCCUGCGCAUGAUCGCCGUGCACCUCUUCAUCUUCUGCUUCUGCUUCAUCCCCUACAACGUCAACCUGGUCUUCUACGCCCUCGUCCGCGGCGAGAUCCUCAAGGGCUGCUUCCUGCUGUCCGUGGCCAGGACAGUCAACCCCAUCACCCUCUGCAUCGCCACGUCCAACUGCUGCUUUGACCCCAUCGUUUAUUACUUCACCUCGGAGACCUUCCAAAACUCCAUCAAGCGCAAGUCUCAGGUCAACACAAAGAUCUCUGAGGCCCUGCAGUCAGAGACCAGCUCCUUGCAGAACAACCUGAGAACUCUCAAAGCCAAGGUCUUCCAGAACGAGUCCACUGUGUGAUAUCGCAGCUGGCAAGAGGUGAACUCAGCCCAUGACUGAGCGGCAAAGGAGGAACUGGGGUGAUGCAGAAUGCUGACAGAAUUCCAAGAAGAUGAACUGAAAGCUGCAUUUGUUUUUUCUUGCCUUGGGCAGAUUAGAUUUUCAGUUGCCGUGUUAGCCCCAACACUGGCAGUCUAAAAUGAAACCACUGGACCCUGUGUGUGUAUUAAUCUGGCUACUUUCACACUGGUUGACGAAUGAACACCCAUGGAACCCACGUCACCAUGUGGAAUACAGUUGAAAUAUGCACAAUAAUUGUGCUUUGGAAGCUAUCUGCUUUAAUGGAGUAUACUGGAGUUUGUUUUUUAAACUGGAGA